ACAUGUGAACCCAAUAUGGAUGUUGAUAAGGAUAUUAUUUAAUUGGUGUAAACUAAUCACCCAUACAUUUAUGUAAAAAUAUAUCUACAUUUGUAUGCCAAUGGACGCGCGCACACCGCUCCGCGUAUGGCUAUAUUGCAUACUCUAGAAAUUGUCAUUUGAGCGAUCGGUUCUUCACUCGAGCGCAAUCGACAAAGGGCGAGAAUGUGUCUGGUUGGUAUGUCUAUCUUCAUGAUCUGAAGUGUCUUUUUACACCUUUAAAACUUUCGUUUUAAUUAACAUUCGUCGCAGUCUCAUUUCGAUUAGCCUAUCCUGUUUGCUUUUCACAUCAGCUAUAAAUCAAUUUACACAUGAUGAGAUUGGAGAUCGGCACAUAACUGUGAAUGCAACAUUAGCAGUCGGUACGAGCUUCUUCUUCACUUACACCCAGACAAGCGCUUGGACAGGGCUAUGGGUACUCUGAGGGACUUGCAGUUUGCACUGCAGCUGAAGAUCGAGGAGCUCCGUCAGAGAGACAGUCUGAUAGAUGAGCUGGAGUUGGAGCUGGACACCAAGGAUGAUCUCAUCCGACAGCUGCAGACAGAACUGGACCGCCAUCGCAACGCUCCACAACACACAGGGAGCACAGAGAACACAGGACCCGGGCUGUCCCCACCAGUGCCUGAUGAGCCGCAGAGGACUAAGAGACAGGCAAUAUCAGCAGAACCCACAGCCCUGGACCCUGCCCAACUCACACACGUCACACUCACCAACUACAGCAAGAGUGAAGAGUCUAGAGAGCUGAUCCAUAGAGCUCUGUUGGAGAAUGAAUUCAUGAAACACCUGGAGCAGGGACAGAUUCAGACCAUAGUUGACUGUAUGCAUCCCACUCGUCUGGCCCGGGGCUGCUGUGUCAUACAGGAGGGAGACGACGGAUCUCUGGUCUAUGUACUGGAGGAGGGAAAGGUGGAGGUGACUAAAGGGGAACAGAAGCUGUGCACCAUCGAUCCCGGGAAGGUCUUUGGAGAACUGGCCAUCCUCUACAACUGUACCAGGACUGCUACUGUUACAGCUCUGACUGACAUUAAGCUGUGGGCGAUAGACAGACAGGGUUUCCAGACCAUCAUGAUGAGGACUGGACUCAUUAAACACUCCCAGUAUAUGGAGUUCCUCCGCAGUGUUCCCUCCUUUCAGUUGUUGCCUGAGGACGUUCUUAGUAAGGUAGCUGAUGUUCUGGAGGAGACUCACUACAGUGAAGGUGAUUACAUCAUCAGGCAGGGCGCCACAGGAGACACCUUCUUCAUCAUCAGCGAAGGACAGGUAAAGGUCACGCAACAGAAAUCAUCCAAUGAGGAGCCAGAGUUUCUGACCACACUCUCUAGGGGGGACUGGUUUGGAGAGCAGGCGCUAAAAGGGGAGGAUGUUCGUACGGCCAAUGUCACAGCAGUAGGAGGAGUGACCUGUCUGGUCGUGGACAGAGAGUCGUUCAUGCAGCUGAUAGGAGGGCUUGAUGACGACAGCAGCAGACACAACGAGAGUGACGAGCUCAAGGCCAAGUUGGAGGCAGAGGCAGUGUUUUUCUCCACCGUGACUCUCAACGAUUUCCACGUCAUCUGCACCCUCGGAGUUGGAGGCUUCAGUCGCGUCGAACUGGUGCAGUUGAAGAGUGACACCAGCAGGUCGUUUGCUAUGAAGGUUCUGAAGAAGCGUCACAUUCUGGACACCAGUCAACAAGGCCACAUCCUCUCAGAGAGACGCAUCAUGAUGGACGCACACGGCCCCUUCACCGUCCGGUUGUAUCGGACGUUUAGGGACUCUAAGUAUCUAUACAUGCUGCAGGAGGCCUGUCUGGGAGGAGAACUGUGGACUCUACUGAGUGCCAGGGGUUCGUUUGAGGAUGGCACCACACGGUUCUAUACAGGCUGUGUUGUAGAGGCUCUGGACUUCCUCCAUGUUAGAGGCAUCAUCUACAGAGACCUCAAACCUGAGAACAUCAUACUGGACCACCGAGGAUACGCCAAACUGGUGGACUUUGGCUUUGCUAAGAAGGUGGGUCUGGGUCAGAAGACGUGGACGUUCUGUGGGACUCCAGAAUACGUGGCCCCAGAGAUCAUCCUGAACAAGGGACACGACAUCUCUGCUGACUGCUGGUCCCUGGGGAUACUCAUCUAUGAACUGCUCAGCGGCAGUCCUCCGUUCUCUGGUUCUGACCCUAUGAACACCUAUAACAUCAUCCUGAGAGGAAUCGACAUGGUGGAGUUCCCCAAGAAGAUCUCCAAGAGUGCUGCCAACCUCAUCAAACGCCUCUGCAGGGACAACCCAUCUGAGAGGGUGGGGAACCAGAAGAAUGGGGUGAAGGACAUCCAGAAACACAAGUGGUUUGAAGGUUUCAAUUGGGAGGGACUCCGACAGACAACUCUGGCCCCUCCUUUCACUCCUACUGUGGAGGGUCCACUGGACACCAGAAACUUUGACUGCUUCCCCGAUGACAGCGAGGCCCCGCCCCCAGACGAGGAGUCCGGCUGGGACCUGGAGUUCUGAUUGGACAACAUACAUUAUGUAGAACAGACAUGCCUUUCUGACAUAUAGAUUAAGGCAUCAGGUGAUGGUAUUUCUGAUGAUGGUAGUUCUGUCUGCGCCCUCCCGAAUGCGAGCCUGGUCGUGCUAGGUUUAACUGGUGGGUUUACCAGGUAAGCUAGGUAUAUCAGGUUGUGGCUCUGCCAAAGUGAGCUGGGGGAAUCCUAGUAGCAGCGGCCAAUCAGCUGCUGUUGUCACCUGCUCCUCCUCAUGACAGUUUUCUACAAUACAAUAAGACUUUUUAGGAGAUUUGUUUGUGUUCAUCUGUUUUGACUGGGGUGAUUGUUAGUUCCGCAGUAUUUGGUCAUAAAAUAUAUAACCAAAAUAAAAACAUCUAUCAAAAAACGUUCAA